UAUAAUUUGGAUGCUCGUGGUUAUUGUACCCGGUUUUCUUUAUGUGCCUACUACAAUACGCCACAACAAGCUACCUAUCGCAUUACAUUGCCACCCAGUAAUUAUCCGCCUACGGCUCCGUACGCCAAUCUCAGUGAUCACUUUGCCAAAUUGGUUAAGAAGGGCAUGCUCAAGGGCAUUCUGAUAAAAAUGCUAUUGUAUCCGCAGUCACGUCAAAGUAUCGAUAUGAAAUGUAUACCCUUGAGAAAGAGAAGAUGUCACAAGGCUUCCAAAAAGCUAAUCAAAAAGUUAACUGAUGAAGAGACGGGCUCAGGUUCAUCGGAUCGGACCGAACUUGAAAGACAAGAUGCUUUUGAACUACCCACAGACUCUGAGAGUGAGGGAGAGGAUAUUGAUAUUGAUGUGCAUGAUGAUUUUGAAUUUAUAAAAUUUGGUAGUAGUAAUAAUAGAGAUGUUGGUGGCUGUGAUUCCUUUGCUUCAGCGGGUACAUUCAUAGAUCAUGGCUCGGGGGCCACCACACCCCAGAAGACCAGACAUUGUUCCUCUAUAAAUUUAAUAAAUUUGGAUUCCCUAAGUGAUGAAGAGAGUAACAAACCUAUGAAAAAGGAGUCUUUGGUUAUAGGUUCUAAAACCAUGAGAGCCAUAGCUAGAAAAUCCACUCAGCAAAGUUUUAUAAUACACACUUCCGAAGCCCAUUUGGAACUGGGUUCCCAUAAUACAACACUGGAUACACCUUCUCUGUUGCAGCAGCAAGCUUCGGAAAACUCAGAAAUGUCAUCAUGCUACAAUGGUCGUGCCUUAGGGGCAGCAUAUUUAGCCUGUGAAAACCUGGCCGAUCUGUCAGAUGAAACAAAAAUCAAAAACACUACCUCAGAAUUGGCUAUAUCACCGCCAGAGCGCCAUAGUUUGCCCAAUAUGUUUGUGGGAAAUCGUUUCAAUCGUAGUUCUAAAACGGCUGUGUAUGUGCCCUCCUGGAAAGAUCGCCAAGAUAUGCAAAAUCAAUCGGCGGAUAUUGCAGAAAGCUGUGAUAAAGCUUUAGAAGAAGAAAUACAUUCUAGCUGUUUAGACUUGCCGGCCUCUUGUCGAGAUGCUCCCGAUAAGUUAACGGCCGAAUUAUUGUAUAAUUUCGACGAAAGUGAUGUUAUAGCGCCACCUUCAAUGUAUAAAACUUUUCAGGAAAGCCAAAGACAUAGUGAAUUACAAUCAACUAUACCUUGCAGUAUAUCGCAAACGGAACUUUGUAUUGAACCCAAGAGAAACAGUAGAGAAUCACAGAGACGUGAAUCCGUUAAGCGCUGCAUAAGUUAUCAGUAUGUACCCUUGGCCAACGAGGCAGCUCAACCAAACAGAAAUAAUUCCAAUCCCAACUUAAGAACAGAGAGAAAUGAUCCUCCUCCCCUGCCACCGCCACAAAAUCACAGCACUCCACAUCGAUUUGGCAAUGGAGAUGAAGUUGAUGGUGAAACAUCUGGAAAAUGUAAAUGCUGUGAAAGUUCUCAAUGUCCCAGCCCUCGUUCGAGUGACUCAGGACUGGCGGGUAGUUGUACCAUAACUUCGCCCGAUCCACCCCAAACCGAAGAAGCGUACGAGGCCUACUAUGAUGUAGAUGGUUCCCUUAAAUUGAUCUCCAAAACGGCCAAUGCAGCUGAAACCAAUGAUCUCACACGAUUUGAUGUUUGCGGCACAUUUCGUGAAAAAUUCCUUGAAGCUGUGCAACAGUCUAAUGAAAAUCGCCAAGAGCCAGCUGUGACACAAUCCCAAUUACCAAUUACGCUAACUUCAACUACCGCAGAAUUCCAAAUAAAUCGCAAAAGUAUUUUUUUAAAUUCAGUAGCAGCCAUCAAUUGCAACGAAGAAGCUUCCUCUUCAAAUCACAAUGUUACCUCUACCUUUGAGGAGGAUACCAAUCCCGAAACAGGAAUGUUUCGCUCGGGCAUGUAUGCCCAUUGGUGGAAGAAGGAAACCCUACCUAAAGAUGUUAUUAAGGGCAUAGCAAAGGUCUAUAAUAAACGCUUGCCCUCGGCUCAAUCGAGCAAGGAAUCUCGUUGCUCUGUCUGCUCCAGUUGUUUCUGUUCUAUGGAAGCCAGUGGUUUCAGUGAAGGUGCCAUCUAUUGCUCCAUCUGCCAUGAUUGCUCUUCUUCGUUCUGCAGUACUUCACGCAACGAAAUGCCAACAAAUACUACCACUACCAUAACGGCAGCAGAAUGUCCCCUCUGCUGCAAUACUCGCAAUUCAACGCAUAGAAGCAGUAACUGCAACUCACCGGCCAGUGUUCUAGCUAGCCCUACCUCGUCAUUUGAUUGUCCCAUAUGCAGUGGUGCUUAUAUCGCCCGACCCGAUUCUUUGGGUUCGAUUAAGGAAGAUGUUCAGCCACAGCAGCAACAACAGGCGUUUGCAGAAGGCAAGCAUUUUGAGCUCAGUAUCAUUUUAUAUAUUUGA